UGGCGGCGGACGUUGUUCAUAUACGAUGCCGGAAGACGAAUGUUUUUGUUUUGAAAUUUAUUCGGACCAGCGAUAAGAUUGGCGGACAGGUAAGACAGUGAUAGGGUCACCCACGUGGUGGGAUGUGGACAGGUGAGGAGCGGCCCCGGAUAGUACGGACCACGUGCAUUAUAAUGGUCGUCUGGACACCGGAAUGCUGCCAACACCGAUCAGCAUUACUGUAACAAGAACUACUUGACAUUGUUUUAAUUCAAAAGAUACUAGUGGACUGAUAUUACAUAGUUAUCCAUUGAUAUCAAUUACAGGCUAAGAGCGUGGGAUUUAUACUCUGGAUCUUUCUAAAAGUGUUUUCUCAUUUGAAAACACGAUCAAUUUAUAUGUCGAGGAUAUUUCACCAUGUAAUGAAACUAAAAGCAGAGAUACAGAUAACUUAGUUAACUGUGACAUACUGGUUCUAAACUAGAACUGUUCCCGCCAUGCAAUGUACCAAUUUAUCGUACAUCAUAACACAGGCAAGAAAUGUUAUCAACAUUCGUAACCUUCUCUUUGUUCUUCUCGUCUUGGUGACUGUUGAACUGGUGACCUUUAACCCAACAAAAUGUGCUAUGAUGGGGUCUUUACUUGGAUUAUGUUCGGUACAGAGAUUACGUGACAAUUCUUCCAGAGGCAGACAUAUCAGCUGGAUUUGGGCAAACUCACAACCGGAAGUGAAGUUACCAUUAUGUCCCCUGAUUCCUCCUACCAUUGUGGGAAAGGUACCUGUGACAACAGCUGUAUACAGCUGGGAGUCGUUAGAGGACAAGUUCCACGACAUUCAGAUGGGAGGCCGAUACCGACCUACUCAUUGUACUGCUCGUCACAGGGUGGCCAUAAUAUUGCCUUUUCGUGACCGUGAGAUACACCUGAAAAUCUUUCUCAACAACCUUCACCCAUUCCUACAAAAACAACAACUCGACUAUGCUAUAUUCAUUGUCGACCUGAUGCCGGAGGUAACCUUUAAUAGGGCAAUGUUACUAAACAUAGGGUUUACGGAGGCCUUGAAACUGUAUGAUUACCAGUGUUUUAUCUUUCAUGACGUUGAUCUUAUUCCCGAGAUGGGUCAUAAUAUGUACAGCUGUCCAGAAAAUCCACGUCAUAUGUCAGUUGCAAUCGACACAAUGCAUUACAGAUUGCCUUACAAUAAUAUAUUCGGAGGCGUAGUUGCAAUGACCAAGGAACAAUUCAAGCAGGUCAACGGCUUCUCUAAUAAGUACUUCGGAUGGGGAGGGGAAGACGAUGAUAUGUUCAACAGAAUAAGACAUAACAACAUGUCUAUAACGAGAUACCCAGGUGAUGUGUCCCGGUAUAAAAUGCUGUCUCAUAAAAAAGAACACGGAAAUCCAAAUAGAUUUCACUUACUACAAGGUUCUAAAAAGAGGUGGCAAAAGGACGGUUUAAACAGCCUUAAAUACUCGCGUGUAAAGCUCGAACUGCGCAAAUUAUACACGUACCUCUUGGUGGAUAUUGACGAGGUGUAUAUCAUGAGUAACGGACAAUACAACAGAAGUCACCAGCUACAACACCAACAUAGAUUACAGCAACAGUUUGAUGAGCAAAAUGUCGACCAGCAACAUAUAGCGCAAAUACAGAAAGAUAUACAGCGAAUACAACAGAAAGAAUUGCAAAAGCAACAACAAAAACAAAGGAUAGAAGAACGCGAAAAACAAAAGCAAAAGUUAUUAAUACAAAAUCAGGAAAAACAGGCACAAAACGCAAAACAAAUACAACAAACGAAAAACAAGCAGUUAGAUCCACAGCUGAAUCAACACGUACAACAAAAUUUACACCAACAUCAACCAGUACAAGCUAAUAUAGAAUUGAUGAAACAAAAUCAACAAAACAACCAAAAAUUACAACAAAGUGUACAGCAGAAUCAACAGCAGAUCAAACAAUCACAACAAAUACUACAGAAACAACUAAUACAACAAAAUCAACAACAGAAGCAACAACCACAACAAAAUCAACAACAGAAGCAACAACAGCUACAAAAUCAACAUCCACAACAAAAUCAACAACUACAACAAAAUCAACAACCACCACGAAAUCAACAUCUGAACCAACAACUACAACAAAAUCAACAUCUGAACCAACAACCACAACAAAAUCAACAACAGAACCAACAACCACAGCAAAAUCGACAACUACAACAAAAUCAACAUCUGAACCAACAACCACAACAAAAUCAACAACAGAACCAACAACCACAGCAAAAUCGACAACCACAACAAAAUCAACAACAGAACCGACAACCACAGCAAAAUCGACAACAAAAUUUCCAUCAGCAACAAGAAGUUCAUAAAAUUAUUGAAAUGCAAAAUAAUGUUUUAGAAAAUACUCAAUUACAAAUUCAGCGUGCACAACAGAAUAGUAUCAAUGGUGUCAUAAAAUUGCCCAACUUAAUGAAGGAAUCUAAUGUACGUAUAUGACAACAAAAUACUUUUGAGGUAUGUGAAAAUGUGUGAUCGAUACGUUAUGUGCAGUUUUUAUAAAAGCUUUCAGUAAUCUUCUCAACAAAGCUUGGAUUCCGACGACGCGUGAAUGUAUGAUGGAAAUAGUAUAUAUGUAUAUAUCUCAUUCAGUAUCGUUCUGUUCUGUCUCCAAUGACUAAGGAUGCUUUUUUACCUGACUAUGGCAGUUGCACAAUCUUGUCGGUUAAGCCAGGACUAAUUCUGAUACAAAUCUCCAAUAUUUCAGGAAAUAUAUUUUUCGAGUUGUUUUUAAAAACUAAGGAUUACUUUAAUUUUGCAUAGAAAUCUGCAUUCUUGGAUAUUCAUGCAUUGUGAUGGUCGGGGUGGUCGGGUGGCGCCGUGGUAACGCACUCAACUUUCACUUAGCCGUCCGGGUUCGAUUCCCGGAAUGGAUGUGAACAGGUAUGUGGUCACCUGCCCGACCAAGUGGGUUUUUCUCGGGUACUCUGGUUUCCCUUCUACAGUAAGACCCCUCGCGCGCUUCCAUGUGGGCCAACAAAUAUAACAAGUGAUAAAUAUAGGUUGGAAAUUGUUGUAAACUGUAUAAAGUUUAUUUCUUUAGUGCGACCAUAUUAAUGGAAAUGAGAUAUUUCUGGUUGUUCAUUCCUGUUUAUGUUUUACGUUUUACCAUGAAAUACGACACGGUCAAGAACUGUAAAUCACUUAGACUUCGCGAGUAAUUAAUUUCCGGAACUCACCUUUGCAGACAUAUUCGUGAAAAUGAUGACUUUGGAUUCGAGAAUGAUGAGCUAUUAGAGACAUUUACUCAGAACAACUCCAAACCAAUAGCUUCAUAUUGGCCAAGUUGCUUAUGAAAGUCAUGUGACUAUACCUUUAAAGUGUCCAUACUGAAUGGUAUUUAACGGAGUACAGACCAGUACAGAGACAACAGAAAUUAACGUGAACACCCCACACGAUGUUAUAUUUGAAGAGUGAAGUGAGUUGUUCUCGGGGUAAGAUGACAUGACUUCAAAAGGCCAGAUGUAUCGUAUAGUGUUUAACGUUACACUUCGUUAUGUAUUAUACUAAUUAUACAGUAGUUUUUAAGCUGUAACAUCUUUGACAGUUUUCCUAUUGUUUAUUUUGCAGUUCAAUGAAAUAGAUAUUUUUCAUGUUAAUUUCAGUUACUGUAAAUACUUUGCCACAUUUCAAACAUAAAUAGCAUCGAGGAUGUAUAAUUCUAUAAUUUUUUUUAUAGAAAUCGUUUGAAAGUACAGAGUUCUAAAGAUGUCUGAAUAUGAAAGGAAUAUAUGUCUCGCAGAUUUGUUCAAUGGAUGUAUAAACGGCGCUAAAACCAAGAGAUUCGUACAAAUAAUCGCGUAUUAUCGCGAAAAUAAAUACCGCGUGAAAUUUAAGUGAUUUACAGCAUAAAGUGUUAUCCUGAUAUUCAUAAACUCAUUCGUAUAUCUCGCACACAAUAAUAAUGGUCACAUUCUAAAAGAUUUUGUCAUUUCCAUUCAUAUACGCCUGUCAAUGGACCAAAUCAUGCAAAACUUUAACAAGCAUUUGCUAUCAAGGCAGAAUACUGUACUGAGCUUUGGGGUGUAUGAAACAUGCUUACAUAUUUACUGGGCCAUAUAUUUAUUGCGAUAACAAAAAUGCGUGGACAUGUUUGAUAGAGUAAUGUGAGUGAGAAUAUUGGUAAUUUUAUCUGUGAUAAGAAUGUGUGCUACUCUGUGUUUAAAAAACACAAGUCUUAAUAAUGUUCAUGGUUUUGUUACUAUUUUCUAACACGAAACAGAAAAAGGUGAUGUUUAAUAAACAACAAUGACUAAU